GCUCGCAGAGCUGAAUGGAAUAGCGUCACCAGCUCGACAAGUAGAGUGGGCGUUCACUUUUGUCUGUCUGUACCAACGCAUAGCCGAUUUGCUAUUUUUUGUCGGCAACAAAGGGGAUCUUCAUGAUGAAGAUAAUCAUGUUUCCUUAGGAACAAGAGGAGAGAUGAGACGAGG